AUGUCUGAGUCGAAGGACCACGUUACUGUCCAGGCAUCUGGUGUGGAAGUCGAUGCGGGUCGCGCAAGCUCCUCUUCGGUCCAUUCACUGCCUAAGGAUGCUACGGUUGCGGUUGCGCAGAGUUCUUCUCAAGAAGAGAACUCGGUGCAGCCCGCAGACCAAGUGGAUGAGGAGAAGAAAGGGUUCUUGGCGUAUUUCAAAACCAAGGAGUUCUAUAUUACCGUGAUCCUUGGACAAAUCCUCGCCAUUGCCAAUACCUCCACGGGAACUUUUACCACGCUUCUCGGAAAUGAGGACUGGGCGAUUCCUGCCUUCCAGACCUUUUUGAACUACGUGCUUCUCAACGUCAUCUUUACACCUUAUACGAUGUACCGUUACGGUUUCAAGGGCUGGCUCCAAUUGGUUUACCGUGACGGCUGGAAAUACAUCAUCCUUGCUUUCUGCGACGUGGAAGGUAACUACUUCAUCGUGCUGGCAUACCAAUAUACAACAAUGCUCAGCGCACAACUAAUCAACUUCUGGGCCAUCGUCGUGGUCGUGGUGAUUUCAUUCCUCUUCUUGCGCGUGCGCUACCACAUCUCCCAAGUUGCCGGUAUCCUGAUCUGUAUUGGUGGAAUGGGUGUUCUCAUUGCUUCAGACCACAUCACCGGCACAAACGGCGGUGACAUCUCCAAGGGCAACCAGCUGAAGGGUGACUUGUUCGCUUUGCUGGGUGCGACCUUCUACGGAUUCACCAACACCGGUGAAGAAUACUUCGUCAGCAAGAGGCCCGUGUACGAGGUUCUUGGGCAAAUGUCCUUCUGGGCUAUGAUCAUCAACGGUGCUCAGGCCGGUAUCUUCGACCGGACCUCUUUCCAUAACGCUCACUGGGAUGGGAAGGUCGGCGGAUAUCUCACCGGAUAUACCCUUUGUCUGAGUCUCUUCUACUGUUUGGCGCCGCUGUUGUUCCGCCUCUCGUCUGCGGCCUUCUUCAACGUCUCCAUGCUCACCAUGAACUUCUGGGGUGUUAUCAUUGGUGUCGAGGUUUUCCACUACCACAUUCACUGGAUGUACCCGAUUGCCUUUGUUCUGAUCAUCAUCGGUCAGCUCAUCUACUUCCUUGGUCAGAAGGUUCUCAGUGAGGCCCGCAAGCCCUGGCUCGGGUCGAACCAAGAGCGUGGUGUUGUCGGACUCUUCACUGCCAAGCGAAAGAUCGCGCACGUCGCCCCUACUGGCGAGCCCAGUGAUCAGCCAGGACGCACUUUGGUCAACACCAGCUCUGUCUGA